CUUCGCUGGUGGCUGGAGCACGGCGUGGCCCGAAUGAAUUGUUUGUCGUGAAAGCCGUUUCGCAACACUCUCAUCUGGACAGCGCAUCUGACUGCCGGUGCAGUGGCGGAGAAAUUGCUCCGCUGAGGACUCUCCUGGGCGCAGUGUUGUUAUCACCUGCGGGAUUUUGCCAUGUAUGCGCCUCUCUCUCCUGACGGCUCGGGUGCUAUGCUGUGGCUGAAUAGAUUGGGUGCUAUUAAUUACUAGGCCCACCUUCGGACAACUGGUCCUACUGUUUUGGCUCUUUGCAGUGACUCACUACUGGAAUAACUUGCCGUUGCGAGCUCCGUGUCUGGUUUAUCUGAUUGUUGGACUACAACUGUUCAGCACAGACAGCAGAGCGGCCUGCAGAGAGGAGCUGAAGAUGAACUCCAGGAGACCUCCUGACGGGGGGUACGGCUGGGUUGUGGUCAUAUCUGCCUUUUUUAUCAUGGGCCUCACUGCUGCCGUUCUCAAGAACUUCGGCCUCUUCUUCCUCGACAUCCAGAGUCACUUUCAAGUCAUGACCAGCACUACCUCAUGGGUCACCUCCACUACGAUCGGCAUGUUUCACCUAGGAGCUCCAUUGGCCAGUGUGCUUACCCUACGUUUUUCUCAGAGGGUGGUCAUCAUACUAGGAGGUCUGCUGUCAGCCUCGGGAAUGUUGUUGGCCUCUCUGGACCUCAGUCUGCCGUGGCUCUACCUCACCAUGGGCGUCAUGCAAGGACUGGGCAUCUGCUUCGCGUGGAUCCCUGCCAACAGCAUGGUGAGCCACUACUUUGUGAAGUGGCGUCCCAUCGCCUACGGCAUCGCAAGUUCAGGAGAGUGCGUCUUUGCCAUCCUGUUCAGCCCCUUCUUCCAGUGGCUGAUCGAGACGUACAGCUGGCAGGGGGCCCUGAUCAUCAUCGGGGGUCUCCAGCUCAACCUGUGUGUCUGUGGCGCCCUCAUGAGACCGCUGGAGCCCCCCCAGAGCCCCAUACAGGAAACCAAAGACAAUCUAGAAGGCGAUGCAGCUGAGCUCCCACCAAAGAGGAAGGUUAUCUUCCAGUUCUCCCUCCUGAGAAAACCUGAACUACUAUUCUACAUCCUGUUUGCCAUUUUUGCGGCAGCAGGGUUUUUUAUCCCACCUCUCUUUCUAGUGCCUUUCGCCAACAGUUUAGGGAUGGAUAAGUACUGGCCAGCAUUGAUCCUCUCCAUCCUGGCAUUAGCAGACCUGGCAGGAAGGCUGCUCUGCGGCUGGUUGGCCAACAUGCGUGUGGUCAGGAACCUGCAGCUGCUCACCAUGGUGGUCACUCUGCUCGGGGUGGUGCUCUUGCUGCUCCCCAUCAACCAAAGCUACUGGGCCAUCAUGGUGUUUGUCUGCCUCUACGGGUUCCUGUUCGGCUGCGUGGUGGCUAUCCACGUCACCUCCAUUGUGGACAUUGUAUCCCUGGAGGGCUUUGACAAUGGACUUGGGCUCUUUAUGCUGUUUAGGAGCUUCGGGGGCUUCAUAGGACCACCUGCUGCAGGCUGGCUGGUAGACCAGACGAACGACUACAGCUCUGCCUUCUACCUGUCGGGGGCUUGCCUCAUUUCUUCAGCCGUGUUUGUCGUUCUGGUGGACCGCAUUCUUCAGAAAAAGAAAUGCAUCGAGGCUGAGGAUCAAAGGUCAAACACUAAGGACAACCCGGAUGCAGAAAAGGUCAACUGAGACUCUUUUUUACACACGGUUUGUUACCUUGACCUGAGGAGCAGAGAGACUCGUUCAGUAUCUCAUCACAUACCAAGUGCUGGGUGGUUCCACCUCCUGUGACUUAAAGCACGGGGGGGUCAUUAACCCCAUCAGUCCCUGCAGCAGCUCGCUGUCAAUUAACAAUCUAUGGAACCUGUACUGGUAUAUUCAUCCAUCAUAAACCCUGAUAUAACUUUUAGAAUCAAAUAUAUCCCUUCCUUUCUUUUAACCUCUGCGUGAUAGGAUUGUUUUGAAGUAAAGUACCUUUUUUUAAAAGUUUUAAUUAUUUAAUUUUUUUAUUUGUUCCUAGUGAACAUUUUCCAAUGCCUCUUGCUCGACUCAUUGGCUGAGGUCUGUGAACAGACACUAAAUCAAAUGCUUUCUCCUUUUUAAGCCUCACUACCAUUGGCCAACUGUCGUUGUCAGAUACAUGAUGUUUUCAGGUUUUAUGUCCGUCCCCCCCAUUCUCAGGAAAGCCAUGUGGGAAAUUCUUCAGAUUUGCCUUAAACAACCACUUGUCCUCCGGGGCAAACUGAUAGGUUCAUGGUGGUCAAAGGUCAAGUUUACUGUGACCUCAAAAGCCAUUUUGGUCAUAACACAAACAUUAAGAUGCUUAUUUUGAUGAUCUAAGAUACAUUUUAUAACUUGGUUUUGUGCUUUUCAUGGGAUUUGUGGACAAUAAUAAACAUCACCUCAGUGAUCCUUUGACAUUUUACUGUUGCUACAGUGAGGAGCCGUGGCAGCUCUAGCUGUAAAUAACUCGGUGUGGUAACCUAAGCAGUGCUUGAAUUGGAAUGAAAAAGGUGCCAGUACUCUAAAAUCAGCAACUUUUUCAAGUCAAUUUUAUA